CCCGUCAGUCCCGCCAUGGCGCUCGGCGGGGUCGGUCGCGGCGGCGCGGCGCGGGCCGCCUGGCCGCGGCUGCUGGUAACGGCGGCGGCGGCGGCGCUGGCGCUGGCGGGGCCGGCGCUGCCCGAGGUGCUGUUCCGCUGCCCGCCCUGCACGGCGGAGCGCCUGGCCGCCUGCCCCCCGGCCGCCCGCCCGCCCUGCCCCGAGCUGGUGCGGGAGCCGGGCUGCGGCUGCUGCCCGGUGUGCGCCCGCCUGGAGGCCGAGGCGUGCGGCGUCUACACUCCGCGCUGCGCCGCCGGCUUGCGCUGCUACCCCGACCCCGGCGCCGAGCUGCCCCUGCAAGCCCUGGUGCAGGGGCAGGGGACCUGCGCCCGUCGCCGCGACACGGCCGAGUACGGCGCCAGCGCCGAGCGCCCCGCAGAUAAUGGCGAUGACCGGUCUGAGAGCAUCCUUGCUGAGAACCAUGUGGAUGGCACUACAGGGAUCCUGGGUGGAGCUGGUGGGAGGAAGCCCAUGAAGACGGGCAUGAAGGAGCUGGCAGUUAUGAGGGAGAAGGUGAAUGAGCAGCAGCGGCAGAUGGGCAAAAUCGGCAAGCCUCAUCACAACCACGAGGACUCCAAGAAGUCACGGCUGUCGACGGGCAGGACCCGUUGUCAGCAGGAGCUGGAUCAGGUCCUUGAGCGCAUCUCCACUAUGCGGCUGCCGGAUGAGCGAGGUCCCCUGGAGCACCUCUACUCUCUCCACAUCCCCAACUGUGACAAGCAUGGCUUGUACAAUCUCAAACAGUGCAAGAUGUCGGUGAAUGGGCAGCGUGGCGAGUGCUGGUGCGUGGACCCCAUCCAUGGGAAGGUGAUCCAGGGCGCACCCACCAUCCGUGGGGACCCUGAGUGCCACCUCUUCUACACAGCUCAUGAGCAGGAGGACCGGGGAGCACAUGCCCUGCGAAGCCAGUAGACAGAAGUGAUCCUGCUUGCUGGAGGCGGCUCGCUGUGGCCCCAGUGCUGGAUUUUACAUGGGUUUCAGCAUGUCUCUUUAGGCUCUGGAAGAGACUGGGGUUGGGUCCUGCGUGCUGCUCUCCUUCCCCUGCUGCCCGGCUCCUGGGGAGGGGAGAGAGAACGGGAGGGGAAGGGCGGUGGGGGGGUUGCAAGGAGAAGGGACUGCUUUCCUAUAGUCUUUCACCCGAUGUAAGCCAGAGAAUCGGUCUUUUUUGCUCCUCGCCCUGCGGCCCUGCCAUCCCUGCUGCUUUGCGGCAUCUUCCUGCACCCUUCAGCACAGAAUGCUGUGUGCUCCCUGACACUUCCCAGGGGACAAAACCCUUUGCCGUAGGUGGGAGUGGGACAAAGCAAAACAAAAAAAGUUAAAAGCCCACCUUUCCCCUUCUUUCCCUCCCUUCCCCAAGACCAAAGACUGUAAAUACUGUGUGGCCUGCCUCUUGCAUCCUACUGGUCCCCUGUGCCUCAGCCUGGCCAUUGGUCAUGGCAUGGGAUGCAGUGUGGGAGGGAGGGAAGAAGGAAAGCCCCUGUCUUCCCAGCUGGAACAUGCUGGCACAGUCAGGAUGCAUCCCUCAAGAAGGCAUCAGUGAGGGAAAGGGCUAAAUAUGAGACAGCUCCCUCUGCCUCCUAAGGCAUCCCUGGGUGCUUUCCUUCCUGGUGCUGGGGCACAGUCAGCCCCAGGUUUGGGAUGACAGGGCCUUUGGGUGAUGGUGAAGCUAAACACUUGGUUUUCCAGGGGAUCUGAAGGGCUAUUGCCGAGUAUUUCUUAGAAUCAGCUUAUGCUGAGGGAGCUAAAGUGAACUUGCUGGGGCUGGCUGGAAGGAUGCCUGUGUAGAUUUAGGAUAACAAACCAGGGAGUGUCUCUGUCUGUCUCUUUCUCUCUUAUUCAUUCUUUCUUUCUUUCUAGAUAGGAAAAACCCAUCUAAAACCUGCACUCCCAAGCAGCUGCCCUUGUCCCUCCAUUUUUGCUUGGGACUGGAGUGAGCAUCUGCUAUUCAGCACACACUUUAUCUUUUUUUUUUGUAAGUAAAUUACAGUAUGUAUCGUGCUUUGUAAAGGUCCUGACACACAUGCACCCCCUCUGCCCACAUACACGUUUGAGUAGAUUAAAUCCAAGUGAUCCAAGCGCUCAGAGAGGUUUUGUGCUGGACAUGUCGUUCUGAGAAGAGAUGCCUCUGCUGUUACUUCACCUGUUGAUUUCUUCCUGUACAGAGCACACAGACACUGAGAAUAAAUAACUUCCCUGUCGCCUAAGCAAGGAGAUUUGUUUUCUACCUUUUGUUUUUCCACUCCUUCCUUUUUAAUAUGGAUACUGUUUGCAGAGCAGUUACAAAAAUCGUCUCCUUACAGUAGAAGUCUCAGGCUUCCCCUAAUGAAAUCAAAGCUGGGGGCAAGGUGGAGGAUAAAGCAUCUCCCAAUUUUUGGCAAAUGCUUCUGAGUAGCAAAUAGACUCCAUGUCCCAGGUCCAUCAUAGGGUUAGGUUCAGUUAGGGUGGAGGAAGGGGAUUCCUUGGUGAGCGUGGGUGCUGGUGGGGAACACCCUGUGCCUGCAUGGUGGGUGCCAGGCAGCAAAUCUACCUGACCAUGACCUUCAGGGAUGGGACCAUCCCCUGGUGACUGCCAGCAUGCCUUGGGAACACCAAACUGUGCUAAAGAAACACCACAUCAGGGUUCCCACUGCUGAUACUCCCUCAUCUGGGGACUUUGGUCUGGAGAAAGAAAAGCAAAAAGUCCACAGGCUCUGGGAGAAGGGGAUUUGUUGCUUUUCCCCCUUUUGGCCCCAUAUUUCAGAUCCUAAGUGCAAAGGGUGCGGCAGUGUCUGCAAAUUAAGCCCCUUGCAACUUUCCAGGGCUUUGGAUGUGGUAGUGGAAGAGAUGGGGAAGGGGACCCCUUUGGAAAGUCAGGGAUGUGGGGGUGCACAUGAGAAUGUGUAUGAGAGGGAGCAAGAGGGAAAACAAACCACAUCGCCAUGCAAAGCCAAGUAACUGUAAAAAUGAUGCUGUUUUCUGUUAACAGCCGAGGGUGUUCUGCUUGUUCAUGUAAACCUUGCACACGCUGGCUCUCAUCUACAAUUUGUACUUUUUGUUUUGUUUAGGAACCAGGAAGUUUUCUUUUGUGUUGUUUUUUGGUUUUGUUUGUUUUUUUUUUUUUUUCUCUUUUGGAAAAGCUGAGCUGCAUAAAGUUGGAAUAAACUAAAUGGGAUGCCAGAAAACUGUCAUCUUCCCCCUCCCCACUCCCCUCUGCUCAUAGGAAAUGUUUCCUUGCCUAAUGCAUCACACACAAAUUUGGGCCUGUUCAGCUUUUGUCCAGGGGGUUUUGUAAACACUGGGCCUGACAAGCAGCAGUGGGAGUUGGGCCUUUCAUCAUCACUGGUCCCAGUUGUACGAGCAGGGAGGAACUGGUGUGACUUGUUGGCUGGCCUGUUAUGUUCCUGCUCCACAUGUGGUAUCUUCUGAGCCUGCAAAAUGCAACUGUGCCCUUAAGUCAACAUCUGGCCAGCAUAUGUGUGGAGACCAUCUUCCCCGCUGACAGCAGCUAGAUUUGGUGGCAAAGGGUGGCUGUGUCCCACUUUGCUGGGUGGAGAGGAUGGCAGUGUGAAUGCCUCAUUCAAUGUGAUGCCUGUGGAGCUUCCUGAGCUGGAGAGAGGCUGUGUGAGAGCAGGAACUUCCUGCUUCUUGAGCAGUGCAGCAGCUUUGCGAGGAAGGGUCCCUCCUACCCAGCGCAGGGACAGUGGAGACCUUUGCCAAUUCCUGGGCAAAGGCUAUAAGGGUAAGGGUGCUCUGCUUUUUCUAUCUUCCCAGCCAUGGUACCUCAGGGUCUUCUUGAGUUGUUCAUGCUGUUUAUUAGGUGGCAGAUGGGCCUGUUCUCCAUGAAUCAUCCAGGUUCCUUUAGGUCUCUUGCUACAGUUUUGGUCUCCACUGCCCCCUGUGCAAAUAGCUCCUUGGCUGAGUUAGAUGAUGCAUGGAGAAAUCCUUCAAGGACUCUGACCUUUGCUUGUGCAAGGAGGGCAAAAUUUGAGCUGGCUGAAGAGUCAGCUUUAGUGUUUCUGUGUGAAGCCUUUCCCCAGCAUGGGCUGCUGGGAAGGUGUGGGAAGGCCUGGGCUGCUCCACUCACGGGGCUGUGGGGACAGGCCUCUUGAGGAGCCUGCACCUUCUCCCCGGGUGAGAAGUGCUGCCAAAGGGAGCAUCACAGCACAACUCAGUGCUUGGGGCACCACUGGGAGGCAGAUAAUAACAAUAAUAAUAAUAGAAAAAAACCCAUGCUGCAUUCAAUUAAAGUUGCAGCAUUGAGGGAGAGGCCCCAUGUGGCUCUGACAGCCAACAUCCAGGUGUCUGUGGUUUCCCUUUGGCCUCCCCAAAGGAAGGCAAAACCACUAGGCUGCUUCCCCAUCUGUUUCCUCCUAUCCCAUGCGAGAAUGCUGGGCAGGACUGAUGUGUGCUGAGGGGCUGGGCAGUGGCAGGGAGCCCCAGGAACACGUAUGGGGACAGAAGGCAGCCAGUGCAUGGGGCUGCAAGGACAGACAUAGGAUGGGGGGUGGGAUGUAAGCAGGAGAACAUGAGAAAAGGAGCAAAAUUAGCAAUUAAUAUUGUCUUUUGUGCCCCUGGGGGGAGCUGAAGGUGGCUCAGGGGAUGCCAAGUAGCACUGUGGGGCACAAGGGUGCUCCAAGCCAGGUGCUGUCUUUGGGAGGGCUUGGGGGGGCAGAAGUUCUACGUACUGGGGGCACACUCUUGGUCAAGUGCUGGAGGAGAACAGGAGCCCUCAGCCCAGUAAAGGGAGCUUGCAGCUUGCCAGGCACCUUGCAGAGGGGCAGAGGCAGCAACAAGGCAAGAGAUGCAAAGAGCUCCUGUUUAGGUUUCCCCAGGGUUGCAAUGUGGCCUUAAAGGCUGCAUGUGUGUGUGCAUGGGUUUGAUGUAUGUCACUGCCAAGAUCCUGGCUCUGGGGUUUCCUCUGGGGCAUCUUUGUGCCUCCUGAGGUCUGGGUAAUCAGACACGUAGUCGGGCACUGAGGCUUACCCAGCUGCACAUAGGGUACUAGCUGAAACCCCAGCAUCUCUGGUGUACACACACAAAACUACAUACACUGGCAAACUACAGUUUUAGUAGAGCAUAAAAAUUAUGCAGUAGUAUAAUACAGUAAUAUUUACUAUAAAGAAUUAGUGUAAGACUGUAUGACUAUCUAUGUACAGCUAUAGCUAUCUAUAGCCAUAUCUGUAUCCAUAUAGAUAGCGGUAGUUUGAGGGUAGGAGUAUAAUUUACUAGCCAGCUAGCUGAAGGCGGGGGAGAAAAGCGUUAACUUUUAGGGUGGAAAGCCCAUUUCCAGUGCCUGUGUGGCUGAAAGCAACAGCAGAGCCUCGCUGCCCAGCGCCGCCUGGUGCCGCUGCCGUGCCGUGCGGCUCCCGCGCAGUGGGGUGCCUGAGGCAGCGGGUCCAGCCUAGCGGCGCGGCACGGGGGUGCACCGGGGUUCGGACCCCCCCCGCCUCUGUCGCUUGGGGCAGCAUGUUUGGCCUCAGCUGUGCUAUGGGGAGAGGAGGGAGUGGGUGGCUGUGCCAGCCCUGGGUGGUGCAAAUAGGAUGGGGGAUACUUGUUGGCACAGUGAGGGCCAACGGGGAAGAUUUUGCCUCCUGCCCUGCCCCGGGCACAUGGGGUGGUGCUGGCAGCCGGGUGGGUGGAGGGGAUGGGCGCACAGGAGGAGGGAGAUGAGGGGGUGAAUGGGAAGAUGAAGGGUGAUGGCUACAUGGGCACAGGGAGGGGCAGAUCCAGCACUGGGGAAGACACAUGGUAGAGCAAAGGGCCACCAAGGUCUACCACGAGGUCUCUGAGGACCUGGCUGGGCUGGGCUGCCCCAUGGAUGGCACAGGAAUGCUCCAGGACACUGUGGUAAAUACUUCAGCUGCCCAGAGGUCUGAGGCUCAAACGUCACAUCCAGUCCCAAACUGUAGGACUGUUUGGGCAAGCAUCUAGGGGCUUAGUAGCAUCCCUCUCCCACAUAAGCCAUCUGAGUGCAGUGCUGUGCCCUGCUGUCAUACCCAUGCAAAGGUUAUUUCUAAAAAAUUGGACAGCUCUGCUUAAGUGUGUUGUAAACUCAAACUUCAGUUUUACCACUGACUAUGCACACUGCUCCGGUAUUGAAAGCGCUCCUAAACCAUUCCCCCAGGCUCUGUACCUCCCCUGGCACCCCCAUGGAGCUGGCUGAGUCCCCAGGGGCACAGGGCCAGGGGAUGCUUGGGGACGUAGCCCCUCGCUAGCAGGCUCCAGCACACAGAUGCUCCAGGAGGGUCAGGCACAAGCUAACUGAAUGCAUAACUUUAUUAAAUAAAUGCUUUGUCAUGAGAAAAGACAAAGAUCAAAGAGUAACAUAAAUUAUAAGUUGAAUAAAUAGUAUACAGCAAUCUUCACUUUUUAAUAAAAUGUGAGAUUUUUUAAAGUACAAAAUGCUAAACAGAGCAUUAAGCUCUUCUUCCAUUGUCAGUUUUUCACAAACUGCUUUUUUUUUUUUUUUCCCCACCAGUAAGAUUAUGAGUAUUUCUUGUUUACUGGAAAAAAAAAACCACCCAAAACAACAAAAACAAAACGAAACAAAACAACAGAGCUACCGUAUGUAUGUAAAGCUAUAAAAAGCUACCGUAAAAUGUGUAGUGAGUAUUGCUAAAGAUAAAAACCAGGCAGGAAACUCGGAAUCUGGUGUGUUUUAACAACUGUGUUACAACGGUGGGUAACGUGCGUGGUGAUGCCUGUCCCCAUUGGCAGUGGUGUGGGGCUGGCGGGGCUGGAGAGGGGGGCACAGUAGGCAGGGAUCCUAGCCAUGGCCAGGACAGCGGUCUGGAAGCAAAGUGAACUGUCGAUCAUUAAAUAUACAAUGCUCCAUUUGGGAAAAAAAACUAAAAUCAGUAACAACCAAAAAAAAAACAAAAAACAAA